CUCCUCCUCUCAGCACAGACCUGCUUGCUUAGCUCUGCUUUGUCUAGUGAUACAGAGCAGGCUUCAGCAAUUCCCUGAGUGCAAAGGCAUCGUUUAAGCUAAAAAAAAAAAAAAUAGAAAAAAAAAAAAAGCUGUUCUGGAUUUUGCAUCAGUAUUAUUAUUAUUUUUUUUUUUUUCUUGGAAUUCCUUCAAAGUUACAAAUGCUUGGGACUAAAUUCAUUCAUGGGAAGAUGUUGUGCAUUUAAAAAAACAAAAAAAAAAGAGAAGGAAAUUCUGAAGCAAGAUUGUGUAUUCCGAUCACAUCCUCUGAGUAAAAAAAAAAAGAGAAGAAUUACGGAUGCUGGUCUCUUAUUAGACGGAUGCCAACGCUGCCGCUAACUUGAGAGAUAUUUGAUGCUGGUCGCCUAUCCUGUUGCAGUGCGAAAGAUUGCGAGCUCUGGACUGGAGUCUGAAGGCUUUUUUGUGUGGAAAGUUUUUCUUCUUACUUCUCAUUACUCGCAGUAAGCACAACAAAACAGCGUAUUUUGAGGCCAAUCACGGCAUCUAAAAAUGGAGUUUCUGCUCAGAUUGUACCUCCUGCUUAUCGUGGCAUCCUCUCUGAUGGCGGUGAUGCAUCCUUACUGUGUCAUUAAGAAGGAGGAAGAAGCUUGUCUGGAGAGGAUCCAGAAGUAUGAGCUGGAGAUGUGGAAUGACUCUAUGCCUGGCUGCCCGGGAAUGUGGGAUAACAUAACAUGUUGGAUGCCGGCUGUGGUUGGCAAAGUGGCCUACAUCCGCUGCCCGGCGUGGUUCAGCAUGGUCGACUCCGAAUACGGGAUGGACUUCUAUGACCGGGAUUCCCAGCUGGAAUCCCUUGAGAACAUAGAAGAACUUCAGACCGAAGGAAUGAUCAGCAGAAACUGUACCGAGAACGGCUGGUCUGAUCCCUUCCCCCAUUACUCCGAUGCGUGCGGCUUUGACGUUAAUGAGACCGGACCCGACCAGGACACCUACUUCCUGUCGGUGAAGGCGCUCUACACAGUUGGAUACAGCACUUCUCUUGUGGCACUCACCACCGCCAUGGUCAUCCUGUGCCGCUUCAGGAAGCUUCACUGUACGCGCAACUUCAUCCACAUGAAUCUUUUUGUCUCAUUCAUCCUCCGAGCCAUAUCAGUCUUCAUCAAAGACGAAGUCCUCUACGCCGAACAAGACAGCAACCACUGCCAUGUUUCCACUGUGGAAUGUAAAGCCGUCAUGGUGUUCUUCCAUUAUUGCGUCAUGUCCAACUAUUUCUGGCUCUUCAUUGAAGGACUCUACCUCUUCACUCUGCUGGUGGAGACCUUCUUCCCAGAAAGACGAUAUUUCUACUGGUACACAAUCAUCGGAUGGGGAACCCCACUUAUAUGUGUCACUAUAUGGGCUGUGCUGCGACUUCACUUUGAUGACCAGGGCUGUUGGGAAAUGAACAACAAUUUCGCCCUCUGGUGGGUCAUUAAGGGUCCAGUCAUUGCCUCUAUUAUGAUCAACUUUGUGCUGUUUGUUGGCAUAAUAAUCAUUCUGGUGCAGAAGCUGCAGUCCCCAGACAUAGGCGGCAAUGAGUCCAGUAUAUAUCUCUGCUUUCAGGCAUGCUUCUGUAAGAGGGCUAACCAGUAUUCUGUCAAGAUGUCUGAUCUUUCCAUCAUCACUGUGAGGUUGGCUCGGUCUACGUUACUGCUGAUCCCCCUUUUCGGAAUACACUACACCGUCUUUGCCUUUUCUCCAGAGAACGUCAGCAAGAGGGAAAGGCUGGUCUUUGAGUUGGGGCUGGGAUCAUUUCAGGGUUUUGUUGUUGCAAUCCUCUACUGUUUCCUGAAUGGCGAGUUUCUCCCUAAAGGUGCAAUCAGAGAUAAAGAGAAAAUGGAGGAGUUGGAAAGUCAACCGGUACUUUGCUGUGGAUUUCAAGCACCGUCACCCAUCCCUGGCGAGCAGCGGAGUCAAUGGAGGGACACAAUUGUCCAUUCUGAGCAAGAGCAGCUCCCAGAUCCGGAUGUCCAGCAUAAAUGCGGAGAACCUGGUGACAUGAGUCCCCAAACUGCCUGAGAACAGUCAAACGUCACUUUUCUUUUCUUUUAAUAAUAUUUUUAUUUUUUAUUUUACCCUAAUACUUUAAUUUUUGCAUCCUUUUUUUUUUUUUUAAGGGAAACAUUGGGUCAGGGAGAAACAACAUGUAAUGCUGGAUUGUAAACCUUACCGGGUUUCCAAAAAAAAGAAAAAGUUAAAGGAUCACAUUGAUCACGUCCAUGGAGUCAUGUGAUUGGUGGCUAGCAAUAGAACCUUAUAUACAUAUUAUAUCCAUACAUUUUUUUUUUUUAAUGCAAAGUCUACAGUAAAUAAUCAAUCUUUGACAUAUUAUUAUAUUUGUAGCAUAUACCUAUUUUCCGUUGAUAUUUUUAUGUAUCUGGUUAUUAUUGUUGUGUUGGGGGAAAAAAAAAAAGGGGGGCACAUCUGUUAAAAACGAGUGAACUUGAAAGCUGCGUUUUACAAAUCGUCACCAUACCCCUGGUUAAUUGUUGUAAAUUUGGGGAUUUUUUUCUUCAGUUGUAGUUGUCCCCAAUGUGUUUUUAGCGUUUAGAGAAAAAAAAAAAAAAA